AUGUCGAAGCUCUUUGUCCACGGCCUUUCGUGGCACACCAAUGAUGAUACUCUCCGCGAUGGAUUCCAGCAGUUCGGCGAGAUCCAGGAAGCUAUCGUCGUCAAGGAUCGCGCAACUCUGCGCAGUCGUGGCUUCGGCUUCGUGCGCUUUGCGACUGAUGCUGAGGCUGAUGCUGCCAUGAACGCCAUGAACAACCAGGAGUUCGAUGGUCGCGUCAUUCGUGUCGACAAGGCCUUUGACCGUCCCAGCCGUCCCGAUGGUGGCUUCCAGGGUCGCGGCGGAUACAACCAGCAGCCCGGUAGUGGCUACCAGGGUGGUCAGGGUGGUGGUGGUGGUGGUGGUGGUGGCUUCGGCGGUAACGGUGGCGGCGGUUACAACCGUGGAGGAUAUGGCGGUGGCUAUCAACAGCAGCAGUAUGGUGGAAACGGUGGAAAUGGUGGUAACGGUGGUUACGCCGGCGGCAACUAUGGCGGUGGUUAUGGCGGCGGUGCCAACGCUGGCUACGGUGGUGGCGGUGGCUGGCGAAACAACCAGGCCCCCGCUCCCGAGGGCAACUAA